AUGAGCGAGGCAGAGCACAACGGCGGUGCUGCACACGACCAUAAAGUCAUACGCUCAGCGGCUACUGCGGAUAAGGACCAUCAUGAGUCCGAAGAGAAUGUGCUGGGCGGAACAGAUAGUGAUGGCGACGACGAUGCAAGAGUCUGGCACGAUGGUGAUGGCAUUUGCCCCACGCUGUCAGAAUUCGAAAAUUGUCGUCAAAAGAGUUACGAUACAUGGCGUCUCGCGACAAUGGAAAGCCCAAGAAGUUUGGAGACGCACCUUGACGAUAUCUUGAAUUUGGUCAAAAAUGUGCCGCACUUUUAUCAAUCACCAGGAGACUUGGAUGUAUCUGGAGGUUAUAAAUGUCCUUUGAUUAUUCGAUCAUCCUUCAGGAUAGAGACUGCGCGAGAAGGAGCAUGCGAUAAGCGUUGGAAAUGCAUCAAUUUUUCCCAAUGCCUCGGAUUUCCAAGCCCAAAGUUCUUCGAGAAGCGCGCGUCUUCGCAAUACCCCUUGCUCUCUUUCCCGAGUCUGCAAAUAGACCAAGCGAGUCUGGCCACAGUUACGUUGGCUUGGUCAUACAUACUUUCGUGCCGAUGGGCUGAGAUUUGCCAGAGUGCGGGCGAACGCACUAUGCUUCUUCAUUGUGAUGGGCUCAAUUUCUGGGAGCUCAUCACGCGAAGUUGCUGGUCAGCUCGAAUGCAGCGUGGUAGGGGUACCAUAUUCUCUCCGUGGCAACUGCAGGAGUUCGGGUCUUCUACAGAUGAGAGUCGUCAAUGGGUCGAAGUUUCACCGAACUCAGCCUCUGCAUUCGAUACCUUGCUCCGUUUCUGCGCCUCAGAAAACUUGCUCAACGAAUUUCUUACAGGAUUCGCCAAUGUACUCAUGCUAACGUCGCGAAACACACCUCUGCCGAGAAUGGAGUCGCCUGUUCCGGUUUCUCACUCCACCGCCAGACGCGCAACCAUCGACACGAGAUUUUGGAGACUUUUCAAGGACAUUGAUAAAUUUAUGUGCCUCAGUGCCACACAAGAUGCACUUGACUCAAUUUUGUGCAGUGCAUUCUUCGAUCCGAGCGUUCCCUGCAAUCUUGUAGGCGCAGCCUCCUUAGGAAUCAAACAGGCCGUUUUGGCUGGCAACAAUGAGUACGAUCUCUUCCUACAAGCUAUUGCCAUCAAAAGGCCGCAUCUUUCCUUCCUUUGGAACGCUGCGGUAUCUAGCGGGCAAGCCAAGUCGCUUCUGAGUAUGGCUUUGAUGGACUUACCGCCAGUUUGCCUCCCUGCAGCACUUUGGACAAAUACAUUACAAUCUUUCCUCCAAAUCGAGUAUUGUCCGAACGUUUUUGAGGAGGGAGCAAUCGCUCGGGCUAAUGAAUUCACAACAUCAUUUUUCUGCAGAGAUGAGGUGCCGGUGCCGUGGACGCCUUCUCCUCCUUUUGGGACCACUACCGCGGAAAAUCUAAGCUUGGAAGUGAGAGAGCACUAUGGACAUGGCCAUAGUCUUCUGUCUUGGGAAAUUGGGUCGAGUUCUACGCAUACUCGCACUAGGUACAGCAUGCAGCUUCCGUUAAUGACUUUGUUGUCCCCUUCCGCGGCGGACUCUGGUAUUACUACCAGUCAGGCUUUUCGCACAAAAUCCGACGAAGAAAUGGAAGCAGAACUACAGUCACUAAACGCAACAUCCCGACUUUUCAAUUGKCACCGAUGUUAUGAUGAUGGACUCUGGCUUGACGACGGAACACGAGCUAUCGAAUCCAUUCGUAGCUUACAACGACAUCCCUGGAUCGUUGACCCUUUCGAUGUUGACAAUGAGCCGGAUUCAUCGCGAGAUUCCACUCAGUCUAAGACACACGAUAGUACGAUCCUACGGUGGAUGGAGCGGAUUGAGACAGUCCCAAAGUCUUGA